AGAUACGCAUGCGUCGUAUCCAGCAUAGCUCACAUCCGUAAACAAUGUCGGCGUCUCUGUUCUGUAAGUGUGACAGCUAGGCCUAAGGAAACCUCAGUGACAAUGAACCCCGACCCUGAUUUCGUUCUCCGUGGGAAAUCCCCUUCGUACUGGUCCAAACCUGGAUAUCUUAGCAACAGUCAACUAACCACCACAACAAGCGGAGUGGGGAGGUAUUCUCCAGAGUGUUACCAUGACAAUUAUGACAACCAGAAAUUGUCCCAGUCAUUAAGAAGCAUGAGUCAUAAUCUAAACAGAGUAAGCAGUAAUUUAAAACAAACACUACUUGGAAAAGAUUCAGAAGCAACUAACUUAUCUCAAUCUAAGGAUUUCCACAGCAGUUUACAUACAAGUGCUACAGAGGCUGAACUGGCUCGAUUAAUGCAUCACAACUUAGAUUUGGAAGAUUCCUAUGCUGGUAGGCCACGGUCAAGAGAGGAAUCUCAGUGGUACACAAGCCCAGUCCACAUGUCUCAGACGUACCUCCGGCCAUCUCGGUCCACUUCGCCUAUACAUAACACAACUGGUACCCUUGGAGCAUUACUGGAUGAAGAAAUAGCUUCAGACAAGCAGGUAUAUAGAGAAAUUGCCUAUAAAGCACAAGCCAAUGAAGGUGGUCUUGCAGCCACAUAUUUUCCAGUUACUCUCGGUGCAGGUUAUUACAUGCAAGCAGCAGACAGGCAGACUGGGCCUCCCCUGUCAUCCACCAAACUUGUCAAGACUAGUCCAUCAAAGUCACGGUCAAACACUGGAAUAUUGAAGAAAUCUAAGCGUGCAAAAUCUGCAGCCAGAGCGGAUGAGCUUCUUGGUAACAGUGAAUACAGGAGACAUGAUAACAUGCACUUCCUGGUGAAUGAGGCCCCAACUAUUGCGUCAGCAGUGAAGUUGAUAACAGUGACGCCCUAUCAGACUGAGCUGGCUCGACUGCGGAUGGAGAGACUGAGGAUGGAGGAGGACAGGUUGCUGGAGCUGAAGAGACAGGAGGAGUUGGAGAGAAUACGAGGGCCCAAGCAGAAAUGGUACGAGAUGAAGACCCCAGAGUUCCACUACGAGGCUCACAAGAAUAAUCAGCUGAUCAGGUCACGUGACAAAUGGCAGGAUCUGCUGACAUAUCGGGAAGAGCUGAGUCAUGCCUCAGAUGACUUUCACCGUUCCUGGGAUUCACCUCUCACAGCUUGAAACUUUACAACCUUCCUGCAUACAGUUGACCCAUGCAGCAUACAGUUGACCCGUGUAGCAUACAGUUGACCCUUGCAGCAUGCAGUUGCCCCAUGCAGCAUACAGUUGACCCUUGCAGCAUACAGUUGACCCUUGCAGCAUACAGUUGACCCUUGCAGCAUGCAUUUGACCCUUGCAGCAUACAGUUGACCCUUGCAGCAUACAGUUGACCCAUGCAGCAUACAGUUGACUCUUGCAGCAUACAGUUGACCCAUGCAGCAUACAGUUGAUAAUAAUAUUGAUCAUGAUCUCAAAUGAAUUUUGUGGAAGUACCUGAAUUUAGAGAAUUUGAUUUAAAAACAUGGCUUAUGGAAGAAAAAAAAGGAAGUUUUUAUUGGUCUUAUUAUUUCAGCAUUUAGUUUAUUGUUUAUCUAAUUUAUUAAAGUUUUUAUUUUCUCCCGUAGAGGAGCGUGUAGAAUGUAGUGUUAUUUGUUUCACUACAAGUACAAGAGCUACAUAUAAUUGAAUAAUUGAAUUGCAUUAUUGGCAAAUAGUAUCACAAUGUAUAAAUCAUUUUUAUAUAUAAUAUAUAAUAUAAAAUACAAAGGAAUUAAAUAUGUAACUAGCAAACUGAAGUUUCAGUUAUGCCUUUGAAUGACGUUACAGUUGACUAUAGUGUUAGCAGAAUGUGACAUCCGUUCAUUCUGUCCAUCUGUUGUUAUUGAUAGUUAAUUUUGAGUUAAUGAAUGUCCAUGUAUCUUCUUGUGCUUGGUCUGGUCAUUCUAUAAUGUCAGUAUACAGGAAAUAGAAACUUUUAGCCAUGAGAUGAGACACAAUAUAUCAUGAAAUAUUCUACAGAUAAAUUAUAAAAUGUGU